UGAUAAAUAAGGUCGAUUCUGCAGAGCGGUGCUGUACCUAGGUACUUAGAUACUCGAGACAGUAUCCACUUCAGCUAAACCAUUGGAGGGGCUAGCAGUCGUCCCCAUAAAAGAACCCUCCGGCUGCCGAUAUCUAAGAAAAAAAAAGUCCCAAUCGUUCAUCGUCGCCAAUCAUUAAUCUUCAUUUGCAUCGCGAACACAAGUCCUAUACGACAUCACCACCGUCACGAUGCCGUCUACACAUAAAAAAGAUAAGCCAUGGGAUACCGAUGACAUAGAUAAAUGGAAGGUCGAACCUUUUAAACCUUCAGAUAAUGCUGGCGGAACAUUUGCAGAAGAAUCCUCAUUUGCAGUUUUAUUCCCUCGAUAUCGCGAAGUUUACCUUAAGGAAGCAUGGCCCGGCAUAACACAAGCGCUCCAACAGCAUGGCAUCGCAUGCACACUGGAUCUUGUCGAAGGAUGCAUGACAGUCAAGACGACAAGAAAGACAUACGAUCCCGCCGCCAUCCUCAAGGCUCGCGACCUCAUCAAACUACUAGCACGUAGCGUGCCUGCGCCGCAAGCACUAAAAAUACUCCAGGACGAUAUGGCCUGCGAUAUAAUCAAGAUAAGAAACUUAGUGCGCAAUAAGGACAAAUUCGUGAAGCGACGGCAGAGAAUCCUCGGACCAGGCGGCCAGACGCUGAAAGCGCUCGAGCUGCUGACGCAGACGUACAUCCUCGUGCAGGGCAACACGGUCAGCGCGCUGGGACCCUACAAGGGGCUGAAGGAGGUACGACGAGUGGUGGAGGACUGCAUGGCGAACAUCCACCCGAUUUACCAGAUCAAGGAACUGAUGAUCAAGCGGGAGCUGGCGAAGGACCCGGAGCUGGCGCACGAGAACUGGGAGCGGUUCCUACCCAACUACAAGAAGCGCAGCCUGAGCAAGCGCAAGGUGCCCUUCAAGGUCACCGACAAGAGCAAGAAGGUGUACACCCCUUUCCCACCGCCCCAGGAGAAGAGCAAGGUCGACCUCCAGAUCGAGGCCGGCGAGUACCACCUCGCCAAGGAGGCCAAGAAGCGCAUCGCCAACGAGGAGCGCCUCGAGAAGCAGAAGGUCAAGCAGGAGGAGAAGAAGCGCCAGCGCGAGCAGGACUUUGUCGCGCCCGAGGAGAACGGGCCCUCCGAGAGGAAGAAGAAGAAGCGGAAGAGCAAGGACGACGAGUAGGAGUAGUAGUAGUAGUGUUGUUAUUGCCUGCGCAUGGGGUCUAUGUAUUACUACUUCCAGCCGCGAUCUUUUUCCUCAAGAAUUUUUACGAUACCCACGAAAUUCUGAACAGUACAACCAUCAUCAAAUCAAGGCGUCUGUGCGGCUCCGGCCUUAUGUACCUAAUGCAGUUGGCUUCGUGGUACGUAGAAGGUUCAGAUUAAUAGUCCCUCCACCACUCUUCGCCAAUAGGUAUACAUCGGGGUUGGAUAACAUAUGUUCGCCGGAUUGUUCGAAGGCGAAUCCCAGGCUCGAGCUCAACACAGAACGGCAAGAUAAGCCAUUUAUGAUACCAACAACAGCAAUCCCGAUAUGAAAAGUUCUCAAGAGGGUGCCUUCCGCCUUUUUAGAGACACUUAUCUGUAUACAGGAACAAUAGCGGAGCUCAAGUUGAAUAUGUAUUAGGUGGUGCCUAAGGCUGCGUUUAGCUUGACUUUUGUUCGAUAGUUUAGGUACAGACGCAUCUUAUUAGGCCAGUAGUAGUGUGUAUGUUAGAUAUCAAAAUUUCAUAUGAUAGAAAAAAAAAAAAAUCGAACCGACU